AUGACUCUCAAACGCAUCGCCCAAGAACUUACCAUCCUCCAGCGCGACCCCAUAGACACAUUCUCGGCAGGUCCAGCUGAGACGGGCAACCUAUACCAUUGGGUGGGAUACAUUAUGGGUCCACCAGACACUCCAUUCGAACGAGAAAAGUUCGCGUUCGCAAUCACUUUUCCAGAGAAUUACCCCGUAAAACCUUUUAAACUUAAUUUUACGUCUCCAAUUUCGCAUCCCAAUGUUUCUGACGAGGGGAUUGUGCUUAUGCCGGAACUGGGGGAAGAGUGGUCGCCGGCGCAGACUGUUCGCAGUAUUUUGAUUUGUUUGCAGGUUUUGUUAACGGAACCGGAUCUUUCUACGCCGUACGAUUGA